CUUUCCUCAGAACCCUGACUUCAAAAGAAAAAAAACCUAGCCGCAACUUCCCCCGGGGCUGCUCCGGAAUCCUCCCAUUCAUUCUCCCUGAACUCCCUUUGGGCUCCAUAACGGUAGGCAGACCAGACCCGACCCUGGUCUCCUCCUCUCUGAUCGUCUCUUUCUCGCACCUUCUCAGUUCCGGCACAAACACAAACAGAGAGUAACCUCAGCAUUUCCAACACCAUUCCUACCUUCUUCUUCCUUCCCUCGGUGACUCCCAGUGAAAAAAAAGGAAAAAGAACAACAACAGCAACUACGAGCUUGAAAGAUACGUUUGUACAAGCACUUGAUGUGAUUCAGCUUCGAGCUCACACCCGCUGGGACCUUCUUCGACCAGCAGCUGCAACCAGCUCGUGGGUUGUGCUGUUCCGCAACUCCGGUGCUAGGAAGUCGAGUCAUUGGGACUUUAAAGUCGUGACCAGAUUUCAAUGGUGGUCUUGGAACUCAUUUCAUUAGCGUUAUUCUCGAUCUUGUUCAUGGCUCGCAUAUUUGCUUUUGUCCCGCUUCUCUCGUGUUUGUUUCCUAUUUGCAUGUCCCCUCGAGCCUCGGAGUGAAGAGAAGAAAAUUGGAGAUAUGAGAAGACAAUUGGCCGAUGCCGGUGGGGGCUCGAAGACGACGUGGAGACUUACCUAGGCUUAGGUUGAGCCUCGACUUGAAGGCCACCUAGGUCCGUGAUUGUCGCGGGAUCUUCCGAGCUAAUCGAUCCUAGGAAUCUCCUAGGAUAAAGGUCAUUUAGGUGAUUUCGGGUGAAAGACGUGCUCUCGGGUGAACAGUACACCCGUCGCCGCACGCGCAGCAGCACGCUCGCGCGCUAGACGCCCCAGCGCGCACGCUUGCGAGCUUCAGCGCUCCGCCCGUGUGCCCCGCGUGCCUGCCUGGGCGCCCCUGUGCGCCUAGCUCCCCGAACGUGUAUGCCCUUGCACCCAAGCAUCCUUCCAAACGUUCAACCGAGUCACUCGACUCUCGAACACUUCCCCGACUCAUUCCUCGCAUCCCGAGGCUAGAUAAGCUUCUAGCUGCGCGAGAGUACCAUUUUUGAUGUCAGGGAUCAGCUUGGAGAACUAGGAAUUGCCCGUCAUACCACGAGCUAUCUAAGCGUGCUGAGAUGAAGCGAGCCACCUUGGAAGAAGUGCUUUGCAAGGGUCGCGGUUUCACAAUUUUCAACUACAAACGUGCUGAACCUCUUAUGGUUGAGAUACCACUCAAGCCGCCGACAGGAUUACAUUCCACAUUCCAGGAGGUGUGGAAGUGGGUUCAAGAUGAAAGGGUGAGGUGCAUUGGAUUAUAUGGCAUGGGCGGUGUCGGAAAGACCACCCUCCUAAAGAUGAUCCAUAAUGAAUUCCUGAAAAUUAAGCAUGAUUAUAAUAUGGCUGCUUGGAUUGUGGUGUCCAAUCCACCUAAUCUUGAAAAAAUUCAGAAAGCCAUCUUCAGGAAACUGCAUCUCCCCGAAUCUGAAUGGAAUCACACCAGUGAAUCGGACCGGGCUGGCAAGAUAUUGAGCAUUAUGAAGGAAAAUAAUUUUCUUCUCUUUUUAGACGAUAUAUGGGUUCACAUAGAUCUCUUGGAGCUUGGGAUUCCUUCCAACAAUGAUCCACACAAAUCGAAGAUCAUAUUCACGCCCCGGUCACAGGAAAUUUGUGGCCUCAUGCAAGCAGACAGGACGAAGAAGGUCGAGUGUUUGCCCCCAGAUUAAGCUUUCAAACUAUUCCGAGGGAAGGUGGGCGAAGAAACUUGGUCUUCCCAUGUUGAAAUCCCAAAGCUUGCCGAAGCUCUUGUUAAGGAAUGCGAAUACCUGCCUCUUGCUCUCAUUACCAUUGGGGUAUCGAUGGCCAGUAGGAGGCAUCUUGAUGACUGGAUACACGCUCUUAAAGAUUUGGAGAGUCGUCCAUCAGAAUUUGAAGGUAUGGAAAGGGUUCUUUCCGUGCUAGAAUUUAGCUAUGAAGCUUUGCCAAAUGAAAUCCACAAAAAGUGCUUCUUGUAUUGUUCAAUAUUCCCAGAGGACCAUAAAUUCCAAAUGGAUGAAUUGAUUGACCUUUGUAUUGGGGAGGGCUUUCUCAAUGAAUGUGACACUAUACAUGAAACAUGUCACCGUGGGAUCAACAUAAUCAGCAGCCUCGGAUGUGCUUGUUUAUUGGAGGAAGAUUCUAGUGGUAGUACACGAAGGUUUAGAAUGCAUAAUGUCAUUCGAGAUAUGGCUUUAUGGUUAGCCUCUAACCGUGGGCAAAAGAAGAAAAACAUCCUGGUUCAGAAGAAGUGUAGAUCGUUUGACACAAAGAAACUCAAAAAGUGGAAUACAGCGGAAAGAAUAUCUCUGUGGGAUGUUGAUCAAAAUAUUGAAAACUUCCCUGCAAGAAUGUCUUGUUCCAAUCUAUCUACUCUGAUAUUACGGAACACCAAGGUAACGGUAUUUCCAAAUGGAUUCUUUCCGUCCAUGCCAUCCUUGAGAGUUUUGGAUUUGUUUGAAAGUAAAUCCUUGGUGGAAUUACCAGAAGAUAUUGGAGUACUAAUAAAUUUGCGAUAUCUUAAUCUGCAGUGGACAAGCAUAACGAAACUGCCUCUGGAGCUAAAGAAUCUGAUAAAGUUGGUGUUUUUGCUUGUGGAUCGUACCAGUCGUAUUCCAAAAGGAGUGAUCCUAAGUCUGUCAUCUUUGAAAGUGUUUCAUUGGGGAUCACCGAUUCUUAGUACUGGAUGCAUAGAUGAAGGAGAUGAGUGCAAUGUGAUAGAGGAGCUGCCCAGCACGAGCGAAAUAGAUGAGGCGCACCUGACCCUAUCCUAUGCCGGUACUGUUACAAAGUUGCUCAUGGACUGUCCUCACUUGCAGAGGUGCUUAGGAGAACUUCGGAUUGCGGAGUGCGAGGAGUGGGAGCCACUUAUUAUCCCGAAGUCAUCACUUAGGAUAAUGGAGCAUCUCAAUCAUCUAUCGGUCUAUCGCUGUGCAUAUGACGAGAUCAGCAUCUGCAGUACAGAAUAUGGUAGCAGCGAGACAGGGAGCAGUGAUGGAUCUCUUCUAGCUCAUGACUAUAUUCCUGGACCAACGUCAAGCGAAGAAAGUCAGGACUGCUUUCGUAACCUCAAAAAGAUUGAUAUCAAAGGUUGCCCUUUCUUACGAGACAUGAGUCUCUUAAUUUAUCAUGCUCCGAACCUUGCCAACCUCACAAUUGAAGAUUGUCCCGCAAUGCAGGAACUGAUUGGUUGGAAAGUUGGUUUCUGUGUCGAGGGAAUAUUCUCAUGCAUCAUUGAACUUCACUUAACAAAUCUUCCAGAAUUCGAGAGCAUUUGCUGGUUAGAGCUGCCCUUUCCUUUGCUGGAGCGGUUGGAGGUCAAGAAAUGCCCAAAACUGGAGCGGCUCCCCCUCAAUAGAGGAAGUGCAUGGGGGCGUUCAUUGGCAAUUGUAGGAGAGCAGAGGUGGUGGAACAGGCUGCAUUGGGACGAGCAACAGGACAAGAAGUUCUUCUCUACCAAGUUUAAUGGCCUGGAUGAGCCAUUCGAUUUUAUGAAAAUGGCGAGAGAUAUGGAUCGUGCAGUGGAAUUGUUGAGGUCGCAUAGGUCUGCUGGAAGGAUAGCGUUGCUAUAACGGUAGGAUGCUGAUGCAGGUUGGAAGUCCCCUUGCACCAGAUUUCAGCAUCAGACAGCGUUUAUGAGCUCUUUUUUUUUUUCCUCCUUCUGUUUUCUCUAAAUAUUGAAAUAACUCGUUCUGCUACUUUGGUGUUCCAAACUCGAGAAACAAUUCCAUCUUCUUUUUCGAUGAAAGAGGCAAAUUGUUGCUCUUCCAUAACUGACACCGAAAAGAUUGCUCACAGUUCCG